AUGAAAGGCAAAAGGCUAACCAUCAGAGGUGACAAAACCUUCCAGGAUCUAGCUGAUCUCCAUGUGACAUACUACGAUGCCCUGGAGCAAAAGCAACCUAGUGGACCCUACGCCUUAGCGGGAUAUUCGUAUGGUGGUAUGGUCGCCUUUGAACUUGCAAAGAAGAUCGAAGCAGCUGGGGAUGAAGUAAAGUUCAUAGGUAGCUUCGACCUACCACCGUACAUCAAGCAUGUGAUGAGGCGACUAGAUUGGACGGGGUGCCUUUUGCACGUUGCAUUUUUCUGCGACCUCUUUUCAGAGGACCGUGCUGAUGAAUUGGCACCUGAGAUACGCCCCUUGGCUAAAUCAGAGCAGCUGACACGAGUGAUGGGUGAAGCGAACCCAGCCCGUAGGGCCGAGUUGGGAAUAACGCUUGCAUCCCUGAAUACCUGGGCUGAUGUGACCUCCCUUGCAAAUAUCGGCCGUAACUACGAUCUAUCCGGUACGGUUUCUUGUAUGGAUGUUUUCUUCUGUGAUCCGUUGCGAGGCGUGGCAGUAUCGAGAGAGGAGUAUCGCUACAACCAACUAAACCGUUGGGAGGAGUUUGUCAGAAAUGAUCUCAAGUUCCAUGAGGUGGAUGGCCAGCAUUACACAAUGAUCUCCCCAGAACGUGUACCAAAGUUUCAACAGAAGUUGAAAGAUGUGCUUUCUGCGAGAGGUCUUUUAUUUCCAAGGACAAAGCUGGACGUCAUUUAUCUGCGGAGCAAGAUAUUUGAGGAUGAUUGGGAAAAUUGCGAAGAAAAUAAUCCGGUGGCUACGACAUGA